UAGUGCUAUUUUUUUUUUCUGAGUUAUAUCAGAGCGAGUGAGAAAAAGAAACUCAAAACAACACUGAGUCAUGGGCGGCGAGUCGAGAUACGAGAUCGCGCAGAACGCGUACAUGAAGAUCGUCCUCCACGCCCUAAAGCACAAAUCCUCCGCCGUCAACGCCGUCCUCCUCGGCCGCGUUUCGCCGACCAACGACGUCGUGGAGAUCACCGACUCCGUCCCUCUCUUCCACUCCCACCUCGGCCUCCUCCCUCAGCUCGAGAUCUCUCUCAUCCUCAUAGAGGAGCAUUAUGCUGCGAAAGGCGUGAACAUUGUGGGCUAUUUUCAUGCGAAUGAGAGGUUUGACGAUUACGAGCUUAGUGGGGUGGCCAAGAAUGUUGGUGAUCACAUCUAUCGAUACUUUCCCCAAGCUGCCAUUCUGUUGUUGGAUAACAAAAAGCUUGAAGCUUUACCUACGGGUAAGGACCGGAGCCCUGUAAUGCAGCUUUACACGAGGGAUUCAUCUAAGAACUGGAAGCUGGCUGGAGGGGAGGGAAGCAGCCAGUUGACCAUUAGGGAGCCAUCAGCAAAUGCAGUACUAUUGGAUCAUAUUUCAACUGAAAAAUGGCAGGACGUUGUAGAUUUUGACGACCACCUUGAUGACAUUAGCAAGGACUGGCUGAAUCCUGAGCUCUUCAAGUAAUCUUGUCAUUUGUUCCAGCUUUUCAGCAACCAGUUUGUGUUGCAGUGGUUGAUGUUUAUGUCUAACUCAGUCUCUUAUGCUGGAUUUUGGAUGAAAACGAUAAAUUGAUUAGCUAUUUAGGUGACAAAACUAAAGAGAUCAGAGAAUUUGGUUGAUCAUUUGCCUAUGACUCUUUUACUUUUUGAGAUAGUUUCUUGGUUUAUGUAUCAAUUGAAAAUGUAUUCUCUCCUGUUAAAUUUUGAGUUGCUUGGAGAACCUAUGUGGUUUCUUAAUUAGAAAAUUUCAGCUCAAAUUUAUGAUUACAGAGUUGGAAUGACAAGCCAUAGUUUCUCAAA